UGAUGCCCCUGCGAUCGAUCAACAUCCUACCAGCUGCAUAUUACGAGCUACACGUUUUCUAAAUGGUGUCUUCCUUUUGCCCCUUCGUCACCGACUCUUUUCCUCUCCCUCUUCUCUCCCUCUCACCGUCCCUCAUCCCAGAAAACGAGCACGGAAAAACAAAGGUCCCCUCCUGAUUCGUCCCUGCGUCGCUGCUCAUUCUUCCUGCCCUAAUCACGCGCCACAAACUAGACCGUCGGUUCUCCCAUCAUCCGGACGACGCUCAUCCACUGGCAACUGGGCCAAUUGAUCUAGGAGAAGGGUCUGGUGGUGCCUGUGGGAUGCUACGACUCAAGUGUAGCUGCAGGGCGAGAUCGUGUACCAACUGACCAAGUUUUUUUUUUUCUCCUAGCGUCAGGGCUCACGGGGGGCAAUUUCACAGAGCCUAACCAUCACCAGUGGGAGUGAACAAGCGACAAGCGACCAAGCCAUCAAGGCACCAGCAAACUACAAAUUACUUGGACCAUCCGCCACAUCCGCCUCCACAAUUCAACUCCCUCUCUUCAAAAUCCCUUUUCAUUUCCCCGGGAUCUCGAAUCGAGCUCUGAGUGUGGCCUUGGGAAUUGUUUCUGCGGGGAGAGUUCGUGAGGCUCUGUUCGGUCUAUCCUUGGCUCUUGACACUCUUGGGGCUUGGGCUCAAACACCAAAGCAACUCUUGGAACUCUUGUCGAGAGUCAAAACGCUGAGUCAGAGUCUGACCAAAAAGAACCUGGGGUCUUGACGGGAAAAUUAUCUUCCUUCGCAAAGUCGCUCACUUCUCCGGGCUUUCUAUUGACCAUCCACAAAAACCGCAGAGAGGACUUUUAUUCUUGGGAUUCUCUUCCGAGUUGGCGACGAUCAACAAAGGAACCACCACCCCCUACUCAUCCAAUACAUGACCAGCCGGAUGAUCAUCCUGGCGGGAGCUCCAGAGCCAGCGAAGCUCGACUGGAGCGAGAAGUCGCUUCUGCCGGAUACUGCCCACGUCGAGUCUCUCCCCAUCAGGAAAGAUGCACCGACUUCGCAGACCCCGUUAUCACCCUCGUCCAAAGCUUUCGGUGCCCAAUGGCGACAGAUCACCACACAGAAGCUCCAGAUGCGCCCCAUCUUGCCCAAACUCAACAUUGACGCACACCAGUUGCCGCUAGGCGGUAUUAUACCACACCAGGGCGGCCAGCAGAAUGAGCCUAGUGAGACUGACCGCAGCGGCGCCGAAUUCUUCUCCUUCUCUGAAUUGCUCGGCGCAUCUACCCCCAGCAGCGACAUCAGUGAAGCUCAAUCACAACCCUCCUUGUCCGGCGGUUCCUCGUCCAUCCCGGACACCACUUCCAACAGUACUGGGGCAUUCAACACUUCCGAAGGUGGUCCGCUUUCCGAGUACUACGACCAUUCUUUUUCUAUUUACGAAGCCAUUCCCUCCUCCCAUCUCUCGCACUUCUCUGACUCGAUUACGCCCGGCACGCCGACCUAUGAAUCAAACGAGGACAUGUUUGCGUCGCAACAGCCCCCUGGCACGCCUGGUGGAAUCAUUCGGACGCCUUCACAAAGACGAUUAAGUCAGGCGCCGCGACCGAAAACGCUGAGUGAGCUGCACGACAUUCCGAAUGCGAGGUAUUUGGAGACCAUCUCCCCACAAACCAUGACGGUCAACUUGAUUGUGGGCAUCAUCUCCAUUGCACCGCCGAGGACAGUCAUCACGGGGGCCAAAUACGGCCGACCGAGAGAAGUGGACUUGGUGGAGAUGGUGGUGGGCGACGACACGAAAUCCGGGUUUCCCAUCUCCAUGUGGUUACCGAAGGAAAUGCGGGUGAACUGGAAAGACGGGGCCAACGCGAACCCCGAAGGCAGCCGAAGUAUCUUGCGCCGGAGUCUGCGAUUUAUGAGACCUCGGGAUGUGGUGCUGCUCCAGAAUGUGGCGCUCAGCUCAUUCCGUGCCAAAGUGCACGGACAGAGUCUGAAGGGCGACGUCACCAAGAUUGAUCUGUUGUUCCGCAAGAAAGUGGACGACGACGAUCUCAGUGGCAUCUACUCGGUGAGCAACCUGCGAACUGCCAAUGUGGGCAAGGACCCGCAGGUGUUGAAGGUGAAGAAAGUGAAGGAUUGGCUGAUGGAGUUUGUGGGUGAGCGAGAGGGCGGCGGGUUGGCGCUGCCGGGAGGCAAGAGAGGGAGGAAGAACAAGGCUGGGUACAGCCAUGCGUUCUUACCUGAUGAUACCCCAUGAUUAUUGGCAGGAUUCGCAAAGGGGCGAGGCAGACUACUGAGAGGGAAGAUCUACGGGACGGAGAUUUUUUGGCCUGGGAAGAUCUGCGGCGAUCUUUCGGGGGGCGAAAAUCCUGAGCCUGGGGAGGAUGGAUGUAAUAACAGCAACACAGAAGGAUUUGAGAUGGCCAAAGGGGCGGUUUCGGGGAGUUGAGCCUCUCGGCCUGGCCCCUUGUAUUGUAGUAAUAGUCACGAGACAUGACUGCAUUGGAUGAGUUUGAGGGAUCAGGGGCACGGCGCACAUAAUUACUCAAUAGUAGUAUUUUGCUGGCGAAGAAUACUAGGUAUGCGGGAUGGAUGAGAUGCGCGUUUGACAGGUGUAACACCCCCUUACCGUAUCACCAAGUGACGAUGAAACGAAUUUAGACAGUCCCAAUAGUUCCCAUCAACUGAGACAAU